AUGAAGUUGGCGCUCCUGUCCCUCGGAGUUUUCUUGGGGCUGUAUUUCGUCUUACAGGCGCAUAAAGAAAAGCUGAGAUGGCCGAGUAUUUUACGAUUGGUCGUGAAGAAGAGACCUGAAGCCGAUGGAGAGGUUGCAUGCAGGCUUCUUGCUAUACUGCAUGCAGUUCUGGUUUGCAUCUUGUCAGCGCUCUCCAACCUUGUCAUCGGGCCAUGGGCAUACUCUGCUGUUGGGGAAGUGAAUACCGCAUUUCAGAAGUUCGUGCUGUCGUGUGAUUUGUCUGAGCCAGGGCUCAUGAUCGGGCAUCACGGCGCAUCUAUCUUCUGCUGCCUCCUCUCCCUCAUGACAAACGUCUCAGGAUCCGAGGUGGUUGGGUGCCUCUUCGGGGCGGAAGUGAGCAACCCGUUCCUACAAGCCCGAUGGUUCAUGCUGGAAGCCGGGUUGAGGGAGACCAGGGCUUGCCGGAUCAUCGAAGUGACCUUCGCGCUCGUCUUUCUCUCCUGCAGGGUUUUCUGGGCUCCGACUUUGCUCUGGGUUGUUGUGGCGUCGCCCAAACCCCCGCAGACAAUCAAGGUCGGUGCAGUCUUGCUCCAAAUCAUCAGCUGGACAUGGUCAUUCUUCGUCGCCAAAAAACUCUUCGCCGCUUUCAAACAUCUACGGCAAAACGACAAUCAAGAAUCGAAAUUGCAGAAGACGGAAUGA